ACUCACUUGCCGUCCACACCGCACACGCGCGCAACAGUGCUUUUUUUUAUAGAGAUUCCCCUGGAAUCACAACACAUGCACGCACCACACGCGAACUGACUUGAGUCGAACCCAACCCGGCGGAUCAGUGCAUAGUACAGUUAUGUGUGUAUCCGUCGAUGCAUCUGCGGCUAGCCGAGGGCAUUUAAGUAGCAACGAUCCAUUCGUCCCCGCCCCCUCUAGCUCCCUCCCUGUCACCGCCGGAGCCUCUUGCUUAGCAGUACUUCCUUUCUACUACUGGUGUUUCCUCGCUUUGACGGAGUUGGUUGGUUCCAGUCUCCAAAUGGUGUCCCACGUCGAGAUGGGCCUCGCUGCCGGCGGGUUCAAGCUCUUCGGCAAGGUCAUCACGCAGUGCGCCGAGAGCGCUCCGCCGGCCUCCUUGGUCGCGCGGGAGAGGGACGAUCCGGACGAGCGCGACCAGCCGGUGGUGAAGCGGGAGGCAGCGGCGGCGUCGGACAGCGACUCGGCCGUCGUACUCGUAGACAAGCAGCGGCGCUCCGGCGGGCCGGCCGAGAGCGAGGACAGCAAGGGGCAGCAUCACCCGCGCCCGCGGCAGCCGCAGCAGCAGGACACCGCGGAGGCCCGCGCCGCGGCGUCGGCGCCGCCGCUGCCGUGCCCGCGGUGCCGGAGCCGCAACACCAAGUUCUGCUACUUCAACAACUACAACGUCAACCAGCCGCGCCACUUCUGCAAGGACUGCCACCGCUACUGGACCGCGGGCGGCGCGCUCCGCAACGUCCCCGUCGGCGCCGGCCGCCGCAAGAACCGGCCCCUCGGCGCCGCACCCAUCCCCUUGGCCGUGUCCGUGCCGGCCCAGCACCUGCAGCACCCGCAGCACCCCGCUGCGGCGGCGGGCCACGGCCUCGGCCUCCCCGGCCAGCACCCUUCCUGCCCGACGUCGCCGUCCCCGGCCUACGCCGGGCGGUGGCCGGUCUGCCCGGACCGCCGGUUCUGAGCUGACGUGACGAUCCGAUCGAUGGAUCGAUCGAUCGCAGACCUCUCGGGAGUCGGAUGUAGCGCCAGGUUGGUUUUGACCUGCGUAAUUAGCGGGCGGGGUGGGGGACGGAACGGAAGGCUGCCUUGUUUGUACUGUACGUGCUUGAGGCCCAAAAGGGGGUAUGGAUUAUUGAUGGAGGACGACAUGGAAAUGUCUUAUGUUUUCUUCUCUGUCUAGCGUGUACUAGUAGCUCGUCUGUUUCCUUCUUUUGUUGUUCCCUAACCCUGCACUACUAGUACUAGUUAUAAGCUACCAGAUGUGUGUAAAAAGUGUGGUACUACUAAUAAUGUAACAGAAGUGGCAAGUUGCGAA